UUCUGCUAUGCAGAUGGAAAGGCUGCAAAGCCAGAGCUUCCCAACGGAAUUGAUUAAUCUCUUCAGCUGGUUGCAAAAGGAAGGGGAAAUUCUUCACUUCUCUCCUCCAUUCUUAAAGGAAAUCAGAAAGCAAUAAUCUGGAUGUGUCCGCAAGAGCCAAAGGGUUAAACUGAGAAACUGUGGGUGAGGGUUGAUUUUUUUUUUAAUAUUCUAUUUUUUAUUGGAUGUAUCUGAUGCCUCACCACCAAUGUCCACAGUCGCUUGGUCUUGGAGAACAGGAAUUAAACCUGAGAAUCGGGUUGGGAUCCAAAGGUGCUGGUGGAAAGGAAGAGCAAGGAAUCCAUUUGGAAUGAAAUGUGUUCCCAAGCAGCUGCUGUGGUUGAAAUGGUGUGCAAUACUCCGUGCUUCCAGCAACUCCCAAAUGCCCCUUUUUAAUGCUAAACCUCCCCAUGUUCCUCAUUUUUAAGGAGCUUCCCAAGAUCUCAACAAGACACCUCCAACUCCUGGUCAGGCUGGAAUUGCUGCAUGACCCUCUUAAAUCGCCCAAGCUGUACGGAUGGCAGUCCAGCCAAGCUUCCUGUGCAGAAGACUCCUGGGAAGCAAAGGUGGAGAAGACCCUGAGAAAGGAAUCAAGACCCAAGAUCUCCAAGGGGUUCUCCCAACGGACAGUGAUGAACUAACUGGAGGUGAUGCCCCCUCUGUUGGGAAGGAGAACAUGGCAUAGAGACUGGCCUGGACCCUUGGCUUCAUUCUGCAGAGCAGAGCACAAACAACACACCUUAACCUCUUAGGUUUCCUGUCUGUGGCACUCUCUCCCAACCUGGUCUGCAGACAGAUGGUGAUUCCAAAUCUUUGCUACCUACAUGGGGUUUUGCCCAAGCUGGAGGAGAUGUAUGUGCAUUGGGUUCAUCUGUCCUUUGAUCCCAUCCCAUUCUCUCUGGCUUUGUUGGCCCAUUCCAGUUACCCUGGGGAGAACAAAGGAUAGGAAGUGAGUGUGCCGCUGGGACUUUCUGGGCAGGGGGGAGCGUUAAGAUGUGGAGAUCUCCCCACCCAAGAGAGGCUCUGUGGAGGCACAAUCUGGUUGGGCAACAGCAGAAUGCGCAACGCAACUCUGCCCCAGCUCCCCGGCACCCUGUGAAGGAUGACCACCCGGGACUUGCAGGAUAGGAAGCCCACUAGCAACACUACAGGCAGCAGCAACAUCAGUGAGAGGGAGCGCAUCAGAGGGCGCAUGAAAAUGGUGAUUGGGCAGCUAGAAGGCAUUCUGCAAGAACUCAAGGAGGUGGCUAAGGAGCUCCGAGACGUGGUCAGCCAGAUUGACAAAUUGACCUCAGACUUUGAGUUUGAGCUGGAACCUGAUGACUGGACCACCACCACAGUGAGCAGCACCUCCAGCAGUGAGAAAGGUGGAGGCAUAUUUGACCUUGGGCACCUGGAUUUCAUGACCUCGGAUAUCCUCUCUGACAGCUGGGAAUUCUGCUCCUUCCUUGAAGCCUCCACCCCUUCAGAUUCUGGUGAUGGCUCGGAGCAGCAGCAGCAGCAGCAGCAGCAGCCAGGGCACCAACCCGAUUACCAGCUCAUGAAUGGUGGGUUGCUGAUCCCCAAUGGACCCCGGAUUGAAACCCCAGACUCUUCCAGUGAGGAAGCUUUCAGCUCCAUACCAAGCCACAAACCUCAACAUCAGAGGACGCCGGGCACCAGGGAGCGGGUGCGAUUCAGUGACAAAGUCCUCUACCAUGCUUUGUGCUGUGAUGACGAUGAGGAAGCGGACAGUGGGCCCCUUCUGGAGGACCCUCCGGAAGAGCCCAGUGAGUCAACUCAGAAGGGGGCAUUAGUUGCCAAGACAGCAAUGCGACGGUCCCCUCAUCUGGGUAGUGCUCAGCAGCGAAAGCUGACACGGAACAGUAGCACCCAGACUGUGUCAGACAAAAGUACUCAGACAAUUCUCCCCUACAUUUCGAGCAAGCAGAAAAUCAACAACAAGAACUGAGGACCAGCAGGGUGAAGGGUGGGCUGGGCCAAGGAGAAAGCUGC